UUCUGCCUCUCCCCCAUGUACUGUGCUAUCUAAAGCUUGUUUCCCCCCACCCUGUAUUUUUUCUUUUUUGGUGCUUUCUUGCUGUUAUUGUUAUUAUCUUAAUUUUUCUUCUUCAUGAUGUGCUGUUAGAAACCACUCCGGGACUACUCCAGCAGUAGGAAGACCGAGGAGUGGAGUGGAUGAAUAUACCGAUGAGAGAUCCAGUAAUCCCUGGGACAAGCAUGGCUUAUCAUCCUUUUUUACCGCACCGGGCACCGGACUUUGCCAUGAGCGCUGUGUUGGGACAUCAGCCUCCCUUCUUCCCGGCUCUGGCUUUGCCUCCCAAUGGGGCGGCUGCGCUUUCCCUUCCCGGGGCUCUGGCUAAACCCAUCAUGGAUCAGUUAGUGGGGGCCGCAGAGACUGGUAUCCCCUUUUCUUCCCUGGGUCACCAGGCAGCAGCCCAUCUGAGGCCUUUAAAAACUCUGGAGCCAGAAGAAGAGGUGGAAGAUGAUCCAAAAGUGCAUCUGGAAGCCAAAGAGCUUUGGGAGCAAUUCCAUAAAAGAGGCACGGAGAUGGUGAUUACCAAAUCGGGAAGGAGAAUGUUUCCUCCAUUUAAAGUGAGAUGCACUGGACUGGAUAAAAAGGCCAAGUACAUUUUAUUGAUGGAUAUUGUGGCGGCAGAUGAUUGUAGGUACAAAUUCCAUAAUUCCCGGUGGAUGGUAGCUGGGAAAGCUGACCCUGAAAUGCCAAAGAGAAUGUACAUCCACCCGGACAGCCCGGCCACCGGCGAACAAUGGAUGUCCAAAGUCGUCACCUUUCACAAGCUGAAGCUCACUAACAACAUCUCUGACAAGCACGGAUUUACCAUUUUAAACUCGAUGCAUAAGUACCAGCCCCGGUUCCACAUCGUCCGAGCCAACGAUAUUCUCAAGCUUCCCUAUAGCACGUUCAGGACCUACGUUUUCCCGGAGACUGAAUUCAUUGCAGUGACCGCAUACCAGAAUGAUAAGAUUACUCAAUUAAAAAUUGACAACAACCCCUUUGCCAAAGGUUUUCGGGACACCGGGAAUGGAAGAAGGGAAAAAAGGAAGCAGCUGACCCUGCAGUCCAUGCGGGUGUACGAUGAGAGGCAGAAGAAGGAAAACCCCACCUCGGAUGAGUCCUCCAAUGAGCAGACGGCCUUCAAGUGCUUCGCCCAGUCCUCCUGCCCCACCGUCCCUGCUGUUGGCACCUCCAGCCUCAAAGAUCUCUGUCCCAGCGAGGGAGACAGCGAUGCAGACAGCAAAGACGAUCCCUUGCUAGAAGCCAACGAGACGAGCAAAAUCAGCACGACCACAGCCACCACCCCAGCACCCGCCAGCUCCGCCGCGGCCGCGGGAGACGACCCUCGGGAGAAGGGGGGCAGCCCCUCUAAAAGCCACUUCUUCCGCAGUGACUCAGCGGGGAGUCGGAGCCGAGAGAGGACAGAGAAAGCCCCUCCGGACUCCCGGCACAGCCCGGCUACGAUCUCUUCCAGCACCCGGGGGGGAAGCCUGAGUGGCGAGGAACUGAAAAGCCCCCUCAGGGAUGGUCCCAAAGUUGAUGAGAACCGUCUGCUGGGCAAAGAGCCCUUUGCCCCCCUCACGGUCCAGACUGACAGCACGGCCCACCUGAGCCAGGGACACUUGCAAAACCUCGGCUUUCCCCCUGCCCUGGCCGGACAGCAGUUCUUCAACCCGCUGGGGAACGGGCAUCCGCUGCUGCUGCACCCUGGGCAGUUCGCCAUGGGGGGAGCUUUCUCCGGCAUGGCCGCCGGGAUGGGCCCCCUCCUUGCCACCGUCUCCGGGGCAUCCGCCGGUGUCUCGGGACUGGACAGCACGGUCAUGGCCACGGCAGCGGCCCAAGGACUCUCAGGAGCAUCGGCCGCUGCUUUGCCUUUCCAUCUGCAGCAGCACGUCCUGGCUUCUCAGGGCCUGGCCAUGUCUCCCUUUGGAAGCCUCUUUCCCUACCCCUACACCUACAUGGCAGCAGCGGCCGCCGCCUCCAGCGCCGCCUCCAGCUCAGUGCACCGGCACCCCUUCCUCAGCGCCGUGCGGCCACGGCUCCGCUACAGCCCCUACCCGCUGCCCGUGCCCCUGCCCGACGGCAGCAGCCUCCUCACCACCGCCCUGCCAGGCCUGGCCGCCGGCUCCGGCGAGGGUAAAGCGGCUGGGCUGGCCGCCAGCCCCGGCUCCGUGCCCCUGGACUCCGCCUCAGACCUCACCAGCCGCUCAUCCACCCUCUCCUCCGGCUCCGUGUCCCUCUCCCCGAAACUGGGCGCGGACAAGGAGGCGGCCACCAGCGAACUGCAGAACAUCCAGCGCUUGGUCAGCGGGCUCGACCCCAAGCAGGACAGAUCCCGCAGCGGCUCCCCGUAACCCCCGCAACCGCCUUCGGGAGCUCAUUUCAAAUCAGUCUCGCAGUGCACUUUGUUUGAAAGAAACCACAUCCUCUACCCCGCGAGUGUUUGGGUUUUGUUUCGUUGGGGUUUUUUUAACACCCACCCCUUUUAUUUUGUCUUUUUUCUUCCCCUUUAUUUUGUUUUUUUAAUAUAAAACCCCCCAGUGUUGUGUUCGUGUUUAUCAACUAAAAGGUAUCUGGUGAAGCAGGGGA